AUUCAAAGCCUCUCAAACUCCCAUUUUGAAUUUCUCUCUGUUUUUUCACAUCGAAGAAUUUAAUAAAAAAAAACAGGUUGAAGUGAGAACUGAAGAGUAAAGCAGAGAGAGAGAAGAGAUGGCAAGCUGCAGCAUGGCUUCUGCUGCAUGUGGAUUCAUGGCGGCGCCAAACGUGGCCCCUACUCCGACCACCGCUAAGACUACCAUGGUCUUCUUCCCCACCAAGAACAACCGCUGUUCAAGGCUGGUGGUCCGGGCCGAGGAGGAGGCGGCCGCCGCACCCGCUGCUGCUGCCACCGAUUCACCGCCUGCUGAAGCACCUAAAGCCCCCAAGCCGCCACCGAUUGGCCCCCCCAGAGGUUCUAAGGUGAGAAUUCUGAGGAAGGAAUCCUACUGGUACAAGGGUGUUGGUUCAGUCGUAGCUGUGGACCAGGACCCGAAGACACGAUACCCUGUGGUGGUGAGGUUUAACAAGGUGAAUUAUGCGAAUGUAUCCACAAACAACUACGCAUUGGAUGAAGUGGAAGUGAUUGCAUGAGCCAUUCAUAUUAAUGUUGCUGUAGCAUCCUUGUCUUUGAAUGUUUGAUGAUCUUAGUUGUACACUUUGUGUAUGUGUGUGAUGUGUACCAUACUUUUUGCAAUGAACUGGGCUUCUAUAUAUAUUGCUGCUACAUAUGCAUUCACUC